AUGGCGAGAGGAAGAGGUAGAGGAAGGGGAAGACCUCGGAAAUAUCCAUUAGCAGCACUAGAAGCGUUAUUAACUACGAAUCAACCAUUAAUAGAGAAAAAUCCUCCAUUAACCACUCCACCAGCUUCACUUCAGAGUUCAGCUCAAAAUUCAGAUCUCAGUAAAGGAACAUCUGCAUGUGCAAUUGGAACAACUUCAAGCCAAUCAAACGUAGCUAAGAAGCUAGAUUUGACGAUUACAUCUCCUAAAGAAGUAGUUUCAGCAGGGAUGGAUGUGCAAUCCAAUAGAACAGUAAUUACACAGAUUCCAAUCCAGAUACAGAGUGACCUAGCUGAUAAAGAGGAUGUUCCGGUAAUGAGGAAUGAUCAAAAAGAAAAUGCUAAGGCCCCAUGGACAACACUCUUCCAGAAGAACAGAUUUGCUUCUAAUGGUAUGUCACUCUCAUACAUACCACCAUUGUUAGUAGAUGGUGAACCUGUGGUCCAAUUAGACAAGGUAGAGGUGGAAGAAGAAUCUAAAUGGAAAUGUGCUUUGAUAGCAUAUAUCUUAGGAGAUGGACUGGGGUAUAAUGCGAUGAAAAGAUAUAUUAGUAUUCACUGGUCUCAUGUUCCAGAACCUGACCUAUUUUACCAUGAGGAAGGCUACUAUAUAAUCAGGUUUAAGAAUAUGGAUGAUGCUCAUAAAAUCCUUUGCCCUGGACCUUAUUCCAUAGCUAUUAAACCUAUCAUUCUAAAGCCAUGGACCUUGGAUUUUGAUUUUACAGAGGAAUUUCCUACUUCCACUCCUUUGUGGGCUAAAUUCUCUAAAUUGCCUAUGUCAUGUUGGGGUGUGGGAUCCUUAAGCAGAAUAGCAAGUGUGAUUGGGAAGCCUAUAUUUACUGAUGAAUUGGGACACAGAUGCUCAACUCAGAUCAAGACUGGUAUUCAAGUGCCUCCUAAGAAGGGUAGAGUUACUCAAGAGUGGAGAACUAAAGUACCAGCUCCUGCUAACCAAGUAGAGUCUGCGCAGAUUCAAAAGCAGGAAGGCCAACAAGAUACUAGUACCAAGAUAAAUGAAAUUCAGCAGACUAAGGAGAAGACUCAGCCAAAGGACGAUCAUAAUAAUGUAGGAAAGGAAGAUAAAGGGAAAGCAAUACAGAGUCCAGAGCUGAACAUUGUAAACUUUCCUCCAUUAACACCUAUUCCUGUUAGCAAUCGAUUUGAGCCAGUGUCUAAUAGCAAGCAUGACAUUCCACCUAGUGAUAAAGGUGGAACAAGACUAGUGGAAACCAAAGUUAAAGAAGAAAAUGCUCAAAAAAUAUCAAGGUAUAUUACAUCUGGCUGGGAUAUAUUGACUAACUACAGAGAAGCUAAGAAUGGUAGAGUGUGGCUGUUAUGGGACACUAAUUACCUCAUGGUUACUAGAGUCAAAGAUGACCCUCAAAUGAUCCACUCUCUAGUACAAAGUAGAAAGGGGGAUAUUAAAUGUUAUCUGACUGUUGUCUAUGGAUUUAAUGGGCUGGAACAAAGAAGAGAAUUGUGGAAGAAUCUUCAACAAAUUGCUACAACUAUUAUUGGCCCAUGGUUAGUAGCAAGUGAUUUUAAUGAUGUGUUGUAUGCUAGUGAUCGACUGUCUUGUAUCCCAGUUAGCUUUGCAGAAACUCAGGACUUCAGCUCAUGUCUGCAGCAAACAACUUUAUUUGAACUACCUUGGCAGGGUGAAUAUUACAUUUGGACAAACAGGCAACCUGGAGUUGAUAAGGCAUUGAAAGCUCCCUUAAAAGCUUUGGCUGUUAAGGAGUUUAAAGGAAUUAAUCUGAGAAUUGAAGCAGCUAGAAUGGACCUUAAAGAUAUACAAGAACAACUCUCCAACAAGUACUCAGACAGUCUGUUGAAAAGGGAGAAGGAGACUCUACUUAACUUAGAGAACUGGUCUAUGAUUGAAGAGAAUAUCCUGAAGCAGAAGGCAAGAGCUAAAUGGAUCCAACUAGGAGAUGCUAAUACCAAAUAUUUUACAGCUGUUGUGAAAGAUAUAUCACAAAGGAAACAGAUCAAUGAAAUCACUACAAGAUGUGGAGAUAGAGUUACUGAUCCUGAAGGCAUUAAAGAAGAGAUAUUGGAUUUCUACAAGUCUCUUAUGGGCUCAACAGCAAGAUCACUUCAAGCCAUAAACAGAAUGUACAUGUCCAAUGGUCCCAGAUUAACUCAACAACAAAGAAGAGAUCUAUGUGCAGAUAUUACUGAUCAGGAAAUUCUGGAGAGCCUCAAAGCUAUUGGAGAUGAUAAGGCACCUGGUAUUGAUGGCUACAAUGCUGUCUUCUUCAAGAAAUCAUGGAGCAUUAUCAGUAAGCAAGUUACAGAUGCUAUUAGGGAAUUCUUCCUAAUUUCUAAGAUGUAUAAGCCAAUCAACUGCUCCACCAUCACUCUAGUUCCUAAAGUUGCUAAACCUACUACAAUCAAAGAAUAUAGGCCAAUUGCAUGUUGUACAGUGUUAUAUAAAAUGAUCUCAAAGGUUCUAGCUGCUAGACUUCAAAAGAUCAUGGCAUAUAUAAUCUCUGAAUCUCAAGCUGGUUUUGUUCCUGGUAGGAAAAUUGCAGAUAAUGUCAUUUUGGCCCAUGAAUUAGUAAAGUCAUAUACUAGCGCCCAAAUUUCUCCCAGGUGCAUGAUUAAAAUAGACCUCCAAAAGGCUUAUGACUCAGUGGAAUGGAUAUUUUUACAACAGGUGAUGGAAGAGAUUGGUUUUCCUGACAAAUUUAUAAAGUGGAUCAUGGAAUGUAUCAAAACAGUUAGCUACACUGUGCUUAUUAAUGGAGAAACUACUAAACCUUUUGAAGCUGCUAAGGGUCUUAGACAAGGAGACCCUAUCUCACCUUUCUUGUUUGCUAUUGUUAUGGAGUACUUGAGCAGAUCAUUCAUUGAAAUAGGAAAGGACAUGCUGUUUCAAUAUCAUCCCAGGUGCAAAAAAUUGGGCAUAACUCACCUGAGUUUUGCUGAUGAUCUUCUUCUUUUUUCCAUAGGUGAUCUUACUUCUAUUUCCACCCUGUACCAAUACUUCUCUCAGUUCUCAAAGGCAUCUGGAUUACAAGCUAAUAUGAGUAAAAGCUCAGUGUAUUUUGGGGGAGUGAAUCAGGAUGUUAAGCAGCAAAAUUUGAACUAUCUUGGAUUUGUACAAGGGGAGUUGCCUUUUAAAUACUUAGGCAUUCCUUUGUCUUCCAAGAAAAUUGCAUUGAUCCGAUGGCAGCCCUUAAUUGAUAGAAUCACAGGAAAGAUUUCAUCUUAG